AUGUUCUCCGAUUCCAAGGAGUCGACGAACGAUGAGUUCGACUUUGGGCGCGGCUCUCCGUCGUCCGGUCUAUCUCAGUCUUCUGUGAACUGCACGCCUUAUCUCAUUCCCCCUUCGUCGUGCACCGUAGACAGGUGUAGUUCGCAGGCGAGGAGCGAGGUAGACAGCUGUGAGAAGGUUAUUUUGACCCCUAAUGGAGUCGACUCAUGUCCCGUAACCGAUGAGUUAUCUAUCAAAGCAAUGGAUGACGACGAUGGUGGUGACAUGCACUCGACACCCACCACGAUGAUGAAGUCGGAACAUGCCGGCCAAGGUGAUCAGCAACAUGCCAAGAUUGACGAGGUUAAUGACGACAAGGUGGAUUCUGCUACAGACAACGACGUGGUCAUCCGGACGCCCGUACUCAGCCGUCAGGCGUCGUCAAAGCUGCGCAAUGGCAAGGCCGAGGAAAAAUUGGAGGUAGAUACCCCCAUGGGUAUCUCAUCCUUUAUUAAGGCGGCCAGAUAUGGUCGGCGUGGGGAGAAGUUCCGCCUCAUCUGGCUACCGAACCCCGAGGUGAGCAGCCUCAUGCGUGUGCCGAGCAUUGCACAACUAUCCGACACUCGAAGCGCUUCCGCCGAAAGGUUGUACAUGGUAUACACUGCUGGAGGCAUGGACAUUUUACAGGACGUCAGUGAUAUCGCAGGGGUCGAGCGCCGUCCAUUCGAGACCCCCUUUGUCAUCCUGUAUUCCUACAGCUUCAAAAGCAUGUACUUUAAGGUUGUGAGCAGGGUGAUAGGGUCUUGCAGCAACGUGACAUUUGAAGACAACGGUGAUGAUACUAAGAUUUUAAAUGAAGAAGAUGAAGUAGAGGUGGCUUCUCGUAGCAAGUCAAAAGGCGCAUCUCCCGCAACGGGUUAUGCGUUUUAUCGCAGCUGCCUGUAUGGCCUCGAUGAUCGCAAGAAACCUAUGCGCAUCAAGGUCUCUUUGCGCAGCAUCAAAGACUCGGAGUUAGAUAUGCGUGCCGCCUCCGUGAAGAAUGGUGUAGCUUCUACUUUGCGGACGGCGUUGAGCUCUCGGGCCUCUGAAAAUGAGGCUGAAGCGAAGAACAGCUUGCAAAACUCACUCGUAGAGAGCAUGACGAGGAGCGAAAUUCGCUCAAGCAAGGACAUUACCUCCUCUCGCUCGCUUGACUCGGUCCAAUUCGAUGGCGGGGUGCCUUCAAGCGCCGAGAGCAGCACCAAGCGUUUUAUCAGAGCGGGGAGGUACGGCACUUGGGUCUACGCGCCUCCAACCGACCAUGAACGAGACGUGGACGAAUUAGUGCAUGGGCUGCCGUCGGUCCUGCUCGCGGAGCUCAGGCGGCUGCUGCGAUUGGAGGACAUCGCAAUGUUGCCGCAGUGCAACGUGUCGAUGGUGAAUCCGCGUAUCGAGGCUAUGAUAAAACACAAUUUUGAGCUGUACGACCGAGAUGAGCAACAACUCACCGCGAACGUUAAGCGCGACCUCGUAGAAGCGAGCAAUAAGGAGCCCAACAGCAUUGUGAUGUAUAACGUUGGAGAUAAUGUCAUUUCUGAGGGCGACAUUCUGACAGUGAGGUUCCGCACCCUAUAUCGGGGAUACGCUGAGGAGGACACGAUGAAGGUGUAUGCCAAGAAAUAUAUAGAGCUCUUUUUCGAGAUGUUGUCAUCGCUUAACGUCGACGACCUGCCGGACUUAACGAUGGACAUCGCGCAGUUCUGCCCAAAUGUCUUCUGGAACCUCGCGCUAACGGGUAAUUUCGAGGAAAAUUUAAAACGCCUGGUCCCGAACAUGCAGGUGAACACGCGCAAACGCAGGUGCAAUGCAGCGAAGAACGAUUCUACGGCUACCACAAAAAACAAACUCCUUGCCUUCGGACGAUCAAACUAUUCCCCGGAGUUUGACAACAAUUUUGUCAUAAUGCAGAAUUUGUUAGAGCGAGACGCUCAGAAAAAGGUUGCUCAUCUCGACAAGAUACGCGAGCAGCAGCGAGACCUCAACGGCAUGCUGCUGCGCAGCACGGUCAGCAAGUACCUGGACGCUGAUGAGCUCAUCUCCACGGUCAUGGACGCCGAAGGGUUCAUGCUGAAAAGCAUGCAGGGCCUCACCCCGGCGCAGCGGACCGUGGUGUACAAAACGUACCUGAAGCGCGGACUAUACGCCCCUGUGCGCCUGGACUACAUCCCAGCCAAGGGGCGCGCGGUGUUCGCAGCCUACGACAUCGCGAAAGGCGAAUUCGUCGUAGAGUACAAGGGCCAGAUCAUAACGGAGAAGAUGGCCAAGAUGAGGGACCAGAAGUACGACAAGGCACGAUCCUACAAGGGGUCGUUUGUGUUUUACUUCCGUAUUCAGACGAAGCGCUACGGCAUCGAUGCCACGGAAGAGGACAUCACGUUUGGGCCGGCGAGACUGAUUAACCACUCCCGCAGGAACCCGAACGUGGUGCCCAAGGCGCUCGAGAUCGACGGAUGCCCACGUUUGUUCUUCGUGGCAAAACGCGACAUCAAAAGCGGUGAGGAGCUCCUGAUCGACUACGGAGAGCGGGAUCCGUCCGUUAUUAAGGAAAACCCAUGGCUAAUGGACUAG